AUGCAUGCUUUUCGUGCCAACCUGCCCGCCAUCUGCUCUGCUGUGUGCGCAGCGGGCAGAGGAGGGGAGGGCCAGGGGGGCUAUCUGCUGGUGCAGCUGGCAGGGGGACUCAACCAGAUGCGCGCAGGGAUCUGUGACGCGGUGGUGGUGGCGAAGCUGCUGGGGGCGUCGCUGAUGCUGCCAUUGUUGGAUAACUCCUCCUGGUGGGCCGACGGCAGCACAUUCGCGGACGUGUUUGACGCGGGGCACUUUGCCCGCGUGCUGGCGCCGUGGGUGCGCGUGGUGGACCGCCUGCCCUCUGCGCUGCGCCACCGCCCCCCCCUCGAGCGCACCGUGCCACGCGGCUCCACUGCUGAGUACUAUGAGACACGCGUCAGAGCGAUGAUCAGGAAGGCGCAGGUGCUGAAGCUGAACCAUUUCGAUUCAAGGCUGCAUGACCAACUACCACUGGACCUGCAGAAGCUGCGCUGCGUGGCAAACUACGAGGCGCUGCGCUUCGUGCCGGUGGUCACGCAAGCCGUCACGCGCCUCACGCACGCCCUCACCCACCCCUCCGCCACGCCCGCCUCCACUGCCCUCGACCCCGCCGCACAUGCUGCUCUCCCCACCGCUGCUGCUCAGGCUCGCCGUGCUGCCGUGGGUGCUGCAGCAGCAGCAGCGCAAGGCGCACACGGGCAGGGGGGAGAGAGGGAGCAGGUGGAGGGAGGGAUGCAGGCGAAGGGGAGUGGCGGGGCGGUCAAGUACGUCGCGAUUCAUCUGAGGUACGAGCCGGACAUGCUGGCGUUCACGGGGUGCGAGUACGAGGGGGGCGCGGCGGAGAAGGCACUGUUUGAGUCAAUCCGACAGCGCUGGGCCAACCUGCCCGCCAUGGACGCUGAGAAGCAGAGGGCCAAGGGCAUGUGCAUCGUCACGCCCUCCCAGGUGGCACUGGCCUUGCAGGCGCUGGGCUUGCCACGGUCCACGCGCGUGUACAUCGCGUCGGGGGCGCUGCACGGUGGGCCGGCGGCGCUGCAGCCGCUGCUGCGUGCCUUCCCCUUCACCACGGACAAGCACUCCCUCGCACACUCCCACGCCAUGGCCCAUGCCCGCACAGGGGGGCGGGACGAUGACGACGAGGAGGGGGAUGAGGCAUGGGGUGCGGGUGGGGGCGGGAGCGGGGAAGAGGGGGUGAGGGGGGAGGGGGGAGGGGCGUUUGCGGGGUUGGAGGGGCGCAAGACGCUGCUGGCGGCGGUGGACUAUGAGAUGUGUCGGGGGGCGGCGCUGCUCGUCACUAACAACAAUGGCAACAUGGCCCACCUGUUAGCGGGCCACAGAAGGUACGACGGUGCGGGCGGCACGGUGCACCUCUUUGGCUCCUCCAUCCACCGCCUCCUUGCUGCCAUCCAACAUGGGGAUCACGAGGCUUCUCAAAAGCUUCGCAAUCGGCUGCUCAAGGGCGACCUUGGCAGUGAGGGGGAGAGCAAUGAGAAGGCUGCAGCGAGAGGAGGGUUUUACGCAUUUCCACGGGAUUGUUUGUGUCAAGUCUGA